UACGCUCCCGUGCAGAGGGCGCCCAGGCCGCGAACCCGCGCUUUCAUGCCCCAGGAAGAAGCUGCGUCGCGGUGGCGCUGAGCGAGGAGCGGGCAGCAGGAAAUACAAUAGCAGCCAUGAUAGAAGACAAAGGACCAAGAGUGACAGACUACUUUGUUGUGGCAGGUCUCACUGAUACAUCUACUCUUUUGGAUCAAGAAAUAAAUCGUUUGGAUACUAAGUCAACUGGACCUAAAGCUCCAAUUACAGACAUUGCAGUUAUUAUCAAAUCAGCUGGGGAAACGGUCCCUGAAGGUUACACCUGUGUUGAAGCCACUCCAUCAUCUCUCCAAGCAAACUUGAACUAUGGAAGUCUGAAAAGCCCAGAACUUUUCCUCUGUUACAAGAGAGGGAGAGAUAAACCACCCCUUACAGAUAUUGGAGUUUUAUAUGAAGGGAAAGAACGGCUUAUUCCAGGAUGUGAAGUGAUCCAAGCCACGCCCUAUGGUCGCUGUGCCAAUGUCAACAACAGUUCAGCUACUUCGCAAAGAAUCUUUAUCACUUACCGAAGAGCUCCUUUAAUUCGACCCCAGAAUUCCUUGGCUGUAACUGAUAUCUGUGUUAUUGUAACGAGUAAAGGAGAAACCCCUCCUCAUACCUUCUGCAAAGUAGACAAAAACUUAAAUUGUGGAAUGUGGGGUUCCAGUGUGUAUCUGUGUUAUAAGAAGUCUGUGCCUGCUUCAAAUGCAAUAGCAUAUAAAGCUGGUUUAAUUUUUAGAUACCCAGAAGAUGAUUAUGAGUCAUUUCCCCUCUCAGAAUCUGUACCUCUCUUUUGCCUUCCUAUGGGAGCCACAAUUGAAUGCUGGGAUCCUCAAACCAAAUAUCCACUUCCAGUUUUUUCGACUUUUGUCCUGACAGGUUCUUCAGCUGAAAAGGUAUAUGGAGCUGCCAUCCAGUUUUAUGAACCUUACUCCCGGGAACUUUUAACAGAGAAACAGCUUAUGCAGCUGGGCCUGUUGACACCUGUGGAGAGAAAAGUGAUCUCCAAAUCCAUCAAUUCAAACAAAUGCAUUUGUUUACUUUCGCACUGGCCUUUUUUUGAAGCCUUUAGAAAAUUUCUUAUGUUUAUCUACAAACUUUCUGUGUCUGGACCACAUCCUCUUCCCAUUGAAAAGCAUAUUUCACAUUUUAUGCAAAACAUCCCUUUUCCUUCACCACAAAGACCAAGAAUCCUUGUACAGCUGUCAGUCCACGAUGCAUUAAUAUUAUCUCAACCAGUAUCUACACCUUUACCACUAAGUGGCGCCAACUUUAGCACUUUGCUAAUGAAUCUAGGUCCUGAGAAUUGUGCAACACUACUGCUCUUUGUUUUACUUGAGAGCAAGAUUCUCCUACAUUCUCUUAGGCCAGCUGUGUUGACUGGGGUAGCUGAAGCUGUGGUAGCUAUGAUCUUUCCAUUUCAGUGGCAAUGCCCAUAUAUUCCCCUUUGCCCUCUCUCACUGGCUGCAGUGCUUAGUGCACCUUUCCCAUUUAUAGUUGGAGUUGACUCAAGGUAUUUUGAUCUUCAUGACCCACCACAAGAUGUUGUUUGCAUUGACUUGGAUACGAACAUGUUAUAUACAUCAGAUGAAAAGAAGAGCAUGAAUUGGAAACAGCUUCCCAAGAAGCCAUGCAAAAAUCUACUUAGCACAUUAAAGAAGUUGUAUCCUCAACUGUCUUCAGUUCACAGAAAAACUCAAGAAGGAUCAGCAAUUGAGAUGACUCCAAUAGAAGCAGAUUUCUCCUGGCAAAAAAAGAUGACUCAACUUGAAAUGGAAAUUCAAGAAGCAUUUUUGCGCUUCAUGGCAUCUGUGUUAAAAGGAUAUAGAUCAUAUCUCAGACCAAUCACAGAAGCUCCUUCAAAUAAGGCCACAGCUGCUGAUUCAUUGUUUGACCGACAGGGAUUUCUGAAAAGUCGAGAUCGUGCCUAUACAAAAUUCUAUACCCUUUUAACUAAAACACAGAUUUUUAUUCGUUUCAUUGAAGAAUGUAGUUUUGUAAGUGAUAAAGAUACUGGAUUUGCAUUUUUUGAUGACUGCAUAGAAAAGUUGUUUCCUGAUAAAGGCACAGAGAAAACAGAUAAGAGUGAUUUUGAUUCAACAGAAGAUACCAAAUUAAUAGAACUAGAUGAUUCACAGAAAAGUGAGCACACUGUGUUUGUAAUGCCACCAGAGCCACCUCCUGAUGAUGGAAAGGACCUGUCAGCAAAGUACAGUUACAAAUACUUUCCAAGACUGGACCUUAAGCUUUUUGACAGGCCACAGGAGUUGAAACUUUGUUUUAGUAGACACCCUACUGGGAAUAGCAUUACAAACAGUCCAGCUCUCAUGGCUAAGAGAACUAAACAGGAGAUAAAAACAGCUCAUAAAUUGGCAAAGAGAUGUUAUACAAACCCUCCACAAUGGGCUAAAUGUCUGUUCAGUCAUUGUUACAGUUUAUGGUUUAUUUGUCUCCCAGCCUAUGUUAGAGUUUCUCAUCCUAAGGUUAAAGCACUUCAACAGGCAUAUGAUGUACUAAUUAAGAUGAGGAAAACAGACGUGGACCCACUAGAUGAGGUGUGCUAUCGUGUAGUAAUGCAGCUUUGUGGACUUUGGGGUCAUCCUGUUUUAGCAGUGAGAGUCUUAUUUGAAAUGAAAACUGCUAAGAUAAAGCCAAAUGCUAUUACUUAUGGUUACUAUAAUAAGGUUGUUUUGGAGAGCCCAUGGCCUAGCAGUACCCGCAGUGGUAUCUUCUUGUGGACAAAGAUACGGAAUGUGGUACGUGGUUUGGCACAAUUUAGGCAGCCACUUAAAAAGACUGUGCAAAAGUCUGAGAUCUCUUCAAUAUCAGUUCCUCAGAAUGCCACAAGUGGAAGUGAUGGGGACACGGUGAGCCAUGGUAGCGUGGAUAGUUCUAAUGAUGCUAACAGUGGGGAGCACACAGUCUUCGUCAGAGACUUAAUCAGGCUUGAAUCCAUUGAUAAUCACUCUAGCACAGGUGGUCAGUCUGACCAAGGCUAUGGGUCUAAGGAUGAACUUAUAAAGGAUGAUGUAAAAAUUCAUGUGCCUGAAGUAAAAGUAGCAAGAGAGUUGAUAACUAAGACAAAAGUGCAAACAGAAGAGGUGUGUGAUAUCUCUACUAUUGUGGCAAAACAUUCACAACCUAGUCCAGAACCUCAGAGUGCUACUGAGCCUCCUGCAUGGGGAAAUAGCAUUGUGAAAGUUCCAUCUGGUAUAUUUGAUGUCCACAGCAGGAAAAGCAGCACUGGUAGUCCAUCAAAUGUACUAUUUUCUUCUCACGAUCCAGUUGAAGAUACAGUCUUUGGUGAAAUUCCUAAUCUCAAGAAGAAUGGCGAUAGAGGAGAAAAAAGACAAAAGCAUUUUUCAGAGAGGAGUUGCAGUUUUAGCUCAGAAAGUCGAGCAGGAAUGUUACUUAAGAAGAACAGCUUGGAUUUGAAUUCAAGUGAAAUGGCUAUCAUGUUGGGAGCAGAUGCUAAGAUUCUCACAGCAGCAUUGACGUGUUCUAAGACUUCCCCACUACAUAGCAUAAGAAGCCAUAACUUUGAGAAUCAUGGGGCUGAUGCUAGGACUUGUGUGUCUGAAAGCACUCAAAAUUCUGAACACAGAUCAUCUCCUGUGCUGGAAAUGCUUGAGGAAAGCCAGGAGCUCCUAGAGCCUGUGGUUGUGGUUGGUGAUAAUGUAGCUAAAACCAGUAUGACAAAGGAUACACAUGGCAGUCAACAAAGUGAUAGUAAGAGUAACCAGUCCAUAAAUGCAGAAACAGGAGCUAAAGAUCUAAUGAAUAAGAGAAAUAGUUUGUAUGGUGUUGCUAAAGCUGUUGAGAGAGAAGAUGUGGAAACUGGACUAGAUCCUUUGUCUCUUUUAGCCACUGAAUGUACAGGAGAAACAACUCCUGAUUCUGAAGAUAAGAUGUUUUCUCCAGUUAUUGCACGUAAUCUGGCUGAUGAAAUUGAAAGCUAUAUGAACCUAAAAAGUCCCCUGGGUAGUAAAUCUUCUAGUAUGGAAUUACACGGAGAAGGAAACAAAGAGUCUAGCACUUCCACUGCUGCAUUUAUUCACCCACUAGAGAGGAGAUCAAGUUUACCUUCAGAUCAUGGUUCACCAGCACAAGAAAAUCCUGAAAGUGAAAAGAGCUCCCCUGCAGUGUCUAGGUCUAAAACUUUUACUGGGCGUUUGAAGCAACAAGCUUCUUUCCGAACUCAUAAAGAUCGUUCAACUUCUUUAUCAGCAUUGGUGCGUUCUUCACCACAUGGCUCAUUGGGUUCUGUAGUAAAUUCUUUGUCAGGGCUCAAGCUGGAUAACAUACUCUCAGGGCCAAAGAUAGAUGUCCUAAAAUCUGGUAUGAAACAAGCAGCAACUGUAGCCAGUAAGAUGUGGGUUGCUGUAUCAUCUGUCUACAGCUACUCAGAUGAUGAGGAGGAAACUAGUAGAGAUUACAGCUUCCCAGCUGGCCUAGAAGACCAUAUCUUGGGGGAGAAUGUAUCGCCUAACACCAGUAUCUCAGGGUUGGUCCCCGGUGAACUUACCCAGAGCAACACAAGCCUUGGCAGUAGCAGCAGCAGUGGAGAUAUAGGAAAACUGUCUUAUUUAACAGGUGAAGUUCCGUUUCCAAGAAGCAUAAAAGGGCAGGACUUUGAAAAAUCAGACCAUGGUUCUUCUCAAAAUACCAGCAUGUCUAGCAUCUAUCAGAAUUGUGCAAUGGAGGUUUUGAUGUCCAGCUGUUCACAGUGUAGAGCUUGUGGAGCUUUAGUUUAUGAUGAAGAGAUUAUGGCUGGAUGGACGGCAGAUGAUUCAAAUUUAAACACAACAUGCCCAUUCUGUAAAAGCAACUUCUUGCCUCUUCUCAAAAUAGAAUUUAAAGACUUGAGAGGCUCUGCAAGCUUUUUCUUGAAACCAAGUACCUCUGGCGACAGUUUACAAAGUGGCAGCAUUCCAUUGGCAAGUGAACCCUCAGAGUACAAACCUGUACCUCGUUCAGCAGAACCUGACUUGAUCAGCUUUAUGGAUUUCCAAAAACAUAAUCAGACCAUAACUGAAGAAACAAGCUCUGCAGUUGAAUCAAGUGAUGAAGUAAGGAAAGCCAGUGGAGAUGUCCAAAGUAUGAAAACUUCAUCUGUGCCUAAUAGUUUAUCAAAGAGAAAUGUGUCUUUAACUCGAAGUCACAGUGUUGGAGGUCCUUUACAAAAUAUUGACUUUUCCCAGAGACCAUUUCAUGGCAUUUCAACAGUUAGUCUUCCAAACAGUCUGCAGGAAGUUAUGGAUCCUUUAGGAAAAAGACCCAAUCCUCCCCCUGUUUCUGUGCCCUACUUGAGUCCUCUUGUGCUGCGUAAAGAACUUGAAUCUUUGCUAGAAAAUGAAGGUGAUCAAGUGAUUCAUACAUCAUCUUUCAUCAAUCAACAUCCCAUCAUUUUCUGGAACCUUGUGUGGUAUUUCAGACGUUUGGACCUUCCUAGCAAUUUGCCAGGACUUAUCCUGACAUCUGAACAUUGUAAUGAAGGUGUACAGCUUCCUCUAUCAUCUCUGUCCCAGGAUAGCAAACUUGUAUAUAUUCAGCUCUUAUGGGAUAAUAUCAACCUUCAUCAAGAACCAGGAGAACCUCUUUAUGUCUCAUGGAGGAAUUUUAAUUCUGAAAAGAAAUUGUCUGUCCUGUCAGAGGAACAACAAGCAACAAGCACUUUAGUAGAAGCUAUUAAGCAGAGUAUUCAACGUAAUGAUGUUCUAAAACCUAUCAGCCUGCUUUCACAGCACAUGAAGCCGAAUGUGAAAAGACAAAGGAGUUUAUACAGAGAAAUCCUCUUCUUAUCAUUAGUGUCACUUGGGAGAGAGAAUAUUGACAUUGAGGCUUUUGACAAUGAAUAUGGACUUGCAUACAAUAGUCUACCUUCAGAGAUUCUUGAAAAGUUGCAGAAAAUUGAUGCUCCACCAAGUGUCAGUGUGGAAUGGUGCAGGAAGUGUUUUGGAGCGCCUCUCAUUUAAAUAAAGGAUUCGUUAGAAUUUUGACACAUAGUACCAGGGAAGUAGAUUGUCUGGAAACAUUCAAGAUUUUUUCCAGCUCCUGAGAAUUAGUGAAAACUGAAAUGAAGUUAACUCUUAGGUAAUAUAUAAUUAAUUGUAAUUCAUACUGAAAUCAUCUCAAAAUGUAAAAUGCUGUUAAAAUCCCCCAGGGUUUAUUGAUGUUGAAGACUUCCAACUCCUGAAUUGUUUGCCUCUGGUGAAAACUAUUAUUUGGAUUUACUCAGUAUUUCUAAUAGUUUGAUAGAAAUAAGAAACCACUCAUGCUAGGCAUUUUGUUUAUAUUUGAUUUGAAGCUGUUGAGUUUGGGAAAUGGCAGAUCAAACUUGCCUAAUCCCAAACAAAUGAAAUAACUCAAUUAUAAGAGCAAUUAUUUGUGUAUGUGUAUAUGUGUGGGGCUGUGUAGGUAUGUCUAUGUAUAGCCAUAUUUUACAUGUAUAUUUAUUAAAAUUCUUAGAUUGCAUGUUGCAAUACAAUUUUCUGAAAGGGGUCUCAUUGACUAUCAAGUAAAUGACUACUACCAAACUUGUCUGUAGUCGUUAAUCUCAAAUUUCCUGAAAAUCUGAUAACUGCCUUCCCUCCAACUUUCAUAUCUUGGUUUGUUAUUACAUUGCAUAAUGACUGUAUUUUGAAUAUCUAGUUGCUUCCAUCCUCUUCCCAAAACUUAAUUUGCCAAGGCUUUGAAAUGGGAAUAAACUGAUCAGAUACUUAAAUUGAGAUGCAAUUAGCUUUAUAAUUUGUGAGAUUGAUUGGUACAUGCUUAAAAUGCUAAAAUUAGUGUCUGAACGGGAAUCUUUGUUCAAGACAUAACUUGUUGCUGUUGGUCACUUUUUGAACCUGUGGGAUAAAUUUGCACUGUACAUUUUUAUUUUUGUAUAAUAGUUAUAUAUGCUUUUGAGUAAAAGUGUGAAUUUGUAAAUACUACUUUUUGGUUAAACCAAUUAAGUCUCAUAAUUUUGAAGCUUACUGAGCAUAUGCCAGUAUGUUUAAGAAAAUCAUGACCUCACAAUGCCUCACUUUCACAUGUAUCAUGCCUUUCAUUAAAAAAUAUGCAUUAAGGAACAGUAAACUUGCCUUAACUCUGCAUGGUUUUAAAAAAAACCAGUGGUUGCAUGUUUCCAGUUUAUGCAGAUGACUAAAUCCAUUGACACAAAAAGGUUAUUCCCAUUUGCUAAACAGCACAAAUUGUGUUGACUUAUAUGAUUUAGGCAUUUACCUUUGAAGAAUUUAGUCUGAAUUUAUUGUGAAAGUGCUGAGUGAAAGAACCUGACAUAAAUCAUGUACAAUUUUCAUUACUUUCAAAAUGAAUCUUUUGCACUGUCUCAAGAGUAUAUUUUUACAAUUUACAACUUGGUACUAGUUUUAAUACAGAACACUGACUCGACAGAAAAUUUGAAAUUACCUUGCAUAAAAAACUGAGGUUGAAUAAAGUGAAAAAUUAAGUUUGCUGUGCUUGUGUUUGUUAAAUUUCUAAUGAUCUUGAAAUCUUCAAAAUUAUUUUUCUCCUAGUUUUUACCUACCAAAGCACUUCCUGUUUACUGUCUAAUGAAGAUUUUGCAGAUUUUAUAGAUUCUUCUAAUGACCUGUUAAAUUAUUAGACAUCAGGAUUGAUUUGUUAAUCCUGAAGGCGUUUUCUAGCACUCACCACAGAAAGGGUAAUUUUAGAAAUGUCUGCAGUGAUUUCUAGUCUUUAAGAAAUUUUAAUCCUUAAUCCCAUUAACUUUUAAGAGGUGUCUUUUGGCAUUGGCUUUAGAAUCUUUCCUAAUCAUCUUCUAAGUUGUUCACCACUACCUUCAUGGUUCAAGACUUUAUAAGCAUAAAUAUUCUGUAGCUCCAGAAUAUAGUUAUUAACCUUUAUUCUCAAGAUUGAACAUUUUGGCAAUCUAUACUUGUCAUCUUUAUCAAAUCUUCAAUCUUAAAUGAGCCAGGAUAACUAGUCUAGGGGAGCCUAAUUAUGGUGAAAGAUGGUUCUCAUGUGUGAUAGGUAACUUGGGAGUAACCCCUAUGGCUAAAACUUCAGUCCUUUUUCUUUAGAGUAACUUUAAAAUAUUAAAUUUCCCCUUUGGCUAUUUAAAAUCAAUUUAUUUACCUGCCAUUAAUUUCAUGUUAUUUGAUAUUACACCCAUUAAGAUCAUUGGUCUUACCAGGGAACUUAUUACUAUUUCAGUGACAUCUCAAUUUGUGUACAGUUGUGGAUUUUAAGACACUAAAGCUCUAGGCUCUGGGUGAAAAAUUUACUGCUAAAAUGCAUACUCUAGAAACUUAAACCUAAUGUGCCUUUUGAGUGUCAUGAUAGCCUUUCAACAUUACAACUAAACAUUAUAGUUACUACAAAAGCCAUGCUAUAUUAGUAUUUCUUUGUAGGUUUUUCAUUGAUGUAAGAAUGUUUGUUUUGAAGAGGCAGUCAACUGCUUUUCAAGUCAGUUUUGUUAAUGCAUUAAGUUUGCACUGGUUUUAAAAGCUUUGUGAAAUUUUAAAAAAUGGUAUCCAUUAGCCGUGCCUUAACAAUUUAAAAAAAAAAAAAAAACUCUCGCAGUGUCCACCUUCACAGGGCACUCUGCAUAUAUUGUAAAUAUCUUUUUCAGAAAAAGUGUGUUCCUCAAAAUAAACUGUAUAAAACGAU